UGAAGCGGGUGAAAGAAAAGGGAGAACAGAGAGGAGAGGGGCCAGAAGAAACAGCGAACUGGAGACUACCCUCUGGCUUCAGGAUGCUGAUAGGGGACUCCCUGGGAGGGGCUGGCCUUUCUUUGGGUCCUCUUGGGUUUGCUGCUCAGACAGGUAGUUGGGAGAAACCUAAGGAGCUGUCAGCUGAGGCAGACGGCGGCCCAGCAGCGUCCAGAACCCUGCCUGGCGCGAUCGCGCCCCGACCUGGCUCAAGUGCGCGGUGCAGGUGUCGGCUCCCCUGACGCCCCUCCUGGGAAGGGGGAACAAGUCGCUUCCGAAGGGACGGGCGGCGGGCAGGGGAGGGACUGGGGGGCUUGGAGGCGGGGCGGGGGGGCGGGUGCGCCCCCUGAGAGCUAAGCCGGACCGGGUACCGACUGCCAUCCUGCCGCAAUUUCCCUGUGUCAUGGCUCCUGUCUCUUAGCAACAGCCGCCAGUCCGGCCGCCCGGAGCAGCCGCCGCGGGCUCAACUCCACCCGGCGAAGCCCGGCGCGCCGCAGCCACACAAAAGAAGCACAAGGCCGGCAAGCGCGCGGCCGCAAGGGCCAGCGGGGAGCGCGACGGGAGGGGACAGUGGCAGCCGAGGAGGCGCGCCCGAGGGAAGAAGGGCUCCAGGCGGCGCGCGGGCUGCGGAGGACCUGACACUUCUUGGAAACUCUUGGAAAUGGCUCCCGCCACCGCGCCCGAGGGAACGGCGAGCCCCUGGAGCAGGAGGAGGUGGCCAAGCAUCUAGAGGGCAGUUGGCUCGCUCAAGCUUCAGCCCCAGCCCUAGGGGCUAGCCCUGAACUCCACCCACCAGUUCGCCAUGAUCGCCACCGGUGGCCUACUGAGGAUAUCUGCCAGAAAGCAGGAUCCCCUCCGGCCCCCCAGCCAGGUUCCUAAGCGCAAGAGGAAAGCCAAAAAGAGGCGUAAGAACGACGUGGUGGUGGUGAAAGGGAAAUUAAAGCUGUGCUCCAUCUCGGGGCUUAUUGCCCUUUGCGGGAUCCUAGUGCUGUUGGUGGGUAUAGCCAUGGCCGUGGUGGGUUACUGGCCAAAGGCCAACGCAGCCAACAGAGGAGGCGGCAAGCAGCUACCGCCGGUGGAGGGUAGCCAUCGCUUUGGGACCACUGGCAACAACAGCAGUGGCAGCAAAAACCCAACCAAGAGCCACUCUGGGACCCCAGGGGGUGUCAACUCUAGUUCUGUGGGCGGGCCCAGGAGUUCGCCUCCUACUAGAUCUGCAGCCACAUCCUCUUCUUCCUCCUCCUCAUCGGUGGGCUUCUUCUUCCGAAUCGUCUCAGGCUACUUGCACUCAGACAAGCUCAAGGUCUUUGGGCCCCUCAUCAUGGGUAUCGGCAUCUUCCUCUUCAUUUGCGCCAACGCGGUGCUCCAUGAGAACAGGGACAAGAAGACCAAGAUCAUCAAUCUGCGGGACCUCUACUCGACCGUCAUCGACGUGCACAGCCUCCGCGCCAAAGAUCUGGCGGCAGCAGCAGCUGCAGCCGCUGCAGCCGCAGCUUCCUCCUCCACCACCGCCCCCGGCUCUGCUCCCCCUAGGGCAGCGCCACUCAAUGGCUUUCUCAGCUGCGUGCAAUCUCGGGGUCUGGAGCUGAAACCUGGUAGCUGCACGGGCUCUGCAGAGGCCUUCGGGGCCACUGCAAUGCUGACCAGAGGCUCAUGGCCCCACCCCGCCGGGCUGGGCGGAGGCGGCGGUGUGACUCGAGGUGCAGGGUCCCCGCCGGACCUGGUUUCAUCUCCGCGCUGUCCCCGGGAGCCCCCGAGCCUGGCCGAGGCAGUGUACAGUAUCUACCGUGAGCGCUCCAGCGGGGCUGGCCAUCGCCGGACCACAGUUGCCGCGAUAGCUUCGGCCACUGCCACUGUCACCGCGGCCGCCAGUAGCAGCAGUAGUCCGGCGCCCUGCAGCCCUACCGGGAGUUGGGGUCGCCAGAGCACCACCAGUUCCCUCGUGGGCUCCUCACUGAGCGCCUUUGCACUGAUGCCUUUGCCAGGGGACCAGGACAGAGAUGGGGACUCGGAGGGAGCAAGCUGCAGCUGGCACAGGCCGCCCGGGGAACGAGGAUCCCGGGAUCUCCCGAGGGAAGAACUGGACCUGAGCCUCACUGACCUCCGGGGAGCCGAAGGCGGGGCGCGCUGGGCGUCUGGUGAACCGGAGGAGCCCGAGGGCUUGGCGACAGCAUGCACCGCCAGGGGGCAGGGCGGCCGCCUGCCCAGGACCGGCAGGUACGCGGCCUGGCGGCGCCGCAGCACCAGCGGGCUCCUGGACUACCGGGCUCAACCGUCGCCGGAGCCCCCUCCCUCCCCGCACGCAGCGGACCUGGACUCCAGCCCUCGGGAUACAGCCGCCACGCCCUCACUCCCUCUGUGCCCCGAGGACACGCCCCUCGUCCGUCGGGACUCCCAGGGAUCUCAGUCGGAUGAGCAGUCCUGCAGCAAUAAGGGCUACACCCCCCUAAGGGAAGCCGACACCUCUGUGGAGUCGGUCGUGGACUUGGUGGCCCGGAAAAGGCUAGACUGUGCGGAUGCCACGGAUCCCGGUGCCGAGCCUAGCUCCCCGGAGCGUUCCAGUCCAGAGACAAGUAGGGCGGAGCAGCCUCGGUUUGUGCAGAGGCAGUUUACAAACAAGGAGAAACUCUUUCUGAUUUCCAGGUCUCACACCCCAGGAGUAGAGGACCCGGAACUGGAAAACUCUUCUUCCACCUAGGGAGAGGGGGGCAGGAAAGGAGAGUCCCACUGGAACCCCUAAAUUAACCCCAAUCCAUUUCCUUGUGGACAGGUCCGAGGAAACCAUUCAAUAUCCAAAGAGCUGCAAGAUGUUAUCCUUGAAUUGCGUUCACAAGAUUCGUGUAGACAACAACUAAAAAAAAAAAGUCGUCUUUUUAUGUCCGAUGGUGAUUGUAUGUUCCAUGAAAACCAGAUGUAUUAUAAGGUCACAAUUUAGUUCAUUAGAAAAAAUCUCUUUAAUUUUCCUAGGCUCAAAAUAAUAUAUUUUUGACAAUAACUCUGCACUUUACUCCAAUUUUUCUUUGGCCCUUCCCCCGACUUCCCCCGCCCCUCUACUCUGCUGCUGACCUUGUCCAUAGCUGCUUGUGAAUAAAUGACAAGCUUUUUGAUUUCCCUCUUCUUGAAGAGCCUAGAAGAGUCGGUUCUCUUAGAACUGAUCUCUCUAGGUGACCUCAAAGCCUAAAGCAUGAACUUGGAGAGAGGGUUCCCUUGCCUUACCCUGCUCCAGGCUACAGCUGUCCAAAGGACUCUAUUUUCCAAAAGGAUCUUUGCAUUUUGCUACCAGGGUAUGUGGCGGGCGCCAGCAACUAGACUGGACUGUUAAUUCCUUAACUCACAAUACCAAGUCCACCAUGUGUUACUGAGUAUUAUUACACCUGUAUGGAAGGUAACAUUAGUAUUUAAAGUCUUUUUUUUUAAAUAAAAAGUUUCCAAACAGUUAAACAUAACCUUGCCUCGUUUUACCUGGGAACUCAUGACUCCAGAGCACAGUCACCAGUGAACAAUGUCUCUCGUAAAUCCCAAGUAUUCCUCUGUAGUCACCUUUCCCCCAAAUGUCAGAGAUGUGAGUGCACGGAUCCAUUUCUAGUGUGUGACUGGAAGACACAGAGAAAUAUGUGGCUCUUGGGAGUUUGUCUUUUAAGUAGAAUGGAACCUCGAGUAAGUACUAUUUUCCUACAAUACUUGUAGUUAACCUCCAGGUUCAUUUACAGGGGUGCCAGGUUUAGUACCCCCUCCCCAUCCACCCGUUUUUCUAUUUGAUCUCAGUUUCAGGCUCGUGGUCUUGCAUCUAUGGCUCGCAUAAGGCACAGCAGUGUUAUUGUGUUUCAGGAUUAGUUUACAUUGUCAAUUGUCAAGACCAGAAAACAAAAAAUUUACAGUUCCCUUACGCUCCCUCUGAGGGCGAUCUGAGACUCACUGCAGAAGACAGGAACACUGCUUUCCAAGAAAAGUGUCACUAGCUCGUGUUGCUCCUCACGAGUGACCAGUCAUGCUGCCGUAGGUGCGUGGUUUCAGGACGGAAGGAGCUCAGUGGCAUGUGCUAGCUGGGAAGCUCAUAGUGCUGUAGAGAUAGGCCUCCACCAUCAGCUCUGUAAGAAAGGGUUAAAAGACCCACCCAGCUCUAAGGGGAACAACUGCAGAGUAGGCAGAAGAGCAGCGGUCAGAGGGCAGAGGGCAGCAGAGUUCCAGAAGACAGACUUAAUUUAACACAGGGGCUACUGUCUUAUUGUGACCAUUGUGAUGUACCUUCUACCGGCUGCAGCAGCAGAUCAGGCAUCGCCCCAGGCUGCUGCAAUCUGGGGUAGGUAUUCAUCAUCUGCAGAACCACAGGCAAAUCUCUUAAUCCCCCUAGGCCUCUGGUGAAUGAUGUAAUCUCUGUGAUCCCCUUCAGCCCUAAAAGCUUAACUUAAAUUCAGAGUAUUGGAUUUAUGCUGGAUACAAUCUUCGAUUUGUACAUACAGCGUAGCAGAGAGUGAUAUAUUCCGUAAACUUCCACUGGUGUGACUUUCUGUAAUAAAGUUUAAGUGGCAUCAGUCUUCCCUCGGACUGUAUGCAUUCAGCUAAUGGCUCACUUGGAAUCUCUGGGUUAAUUUAUUGAACUUUUCUAUACAGCAAAAGUGAAUUUCUAAGGAAUAAGGGACAAACAAAAGCAAUAAAAGCCCCUGGUAACAUUGUGUUUCCAUUUUGCCUUUAGAGAGUGUGUUAUUGAAAAGUUAAGUAGGGCCCUGUUUCCAGUCCUCAGGAAAUGCAACAUGAUGAUAUUUAACAAACUGUGAAGUUACUCUCCCAUAGCCUAACUAAAGAGGGAUGAAUAGAAACAAAUUUUUCCCCUGCAAACCAGAAAAUUCAACCUAAACAACUGACUGGAGGUAUUGGUCUUUGUGGCUUGUUGGUAUUGAUCAGAAUAAACACUUCAGUCUCUGCUGUCUCAAUUUCCCUCUCUAUACAGCAGGAAUAAAACCGGGACCUAUGUCAAAGGGAUAAACAGCUGAUGGAAUAAUCUAAUCUACGUAUAAAGUGCUUGUAACAGGCUUGGUGCAGAGAAGUGCUAUAAAAGUUUCCUCAGUUUUAUUUCUAACAGCAUCCACUGCUAAGCAGACUUAUUUCAUGUGGGCUUCUUUUUUUAUUCGCGGAAUAAUUUUAGGUUUAAAAACCCAGUGUGUAAAUCAGUGGAGCACAGAGUGUGACUUCCAGGGCUUAUAUAACACCGCCUGCCUUUCUGAGGCUGUUAAAUAGCAAUAAUAAUACCAUUUGACUCAUAGGAUUAAUUAUUCAAGCGAGGGCUAAAUAAACUAAUAUGCUUUAAGGACUUAGAACCAUUCUUGGCGCACAAAAAAAAAAUUCAGUAAAUGUUAAGCACAAUUAUAUAAGCAAAUUUCAGAAAAGUAAUUAGUAGUCUAAAUUUAUCCCCCAGUUGUUAGGGACAACGACAGAUUUAUUGUAUAGAAAAGUCUUAAUAACGUAGGUAUAUUAGAAAAAAAAUAGAUCUUCAGAAAUAAAACCUUGAUCCAGGAUGGAGAUUUCUUGUGGCACAGGACCAUGUUGUUACGUAACAGCGGAUGAGUGCCCAAAACCCGUCACUGCAUUUGGCCACCAUUUCCUCCCUUUUUGUUUACUGAAGCAGAGCACAUCCCAGGGCCAUCCUCCUGAGGUCACAGACAGACCCAGGGUCAAGAUCAAAUGCGCAUGCCACACAAGCAUGUUCUCUGUCACUUUUUAGUGGGUUUCUGAAAAAGAUGAUUUUUGAAUUUUGUUUUGUGUUUUGAGCUGAAGGCCUUAAAGCAAAAGCCUUCUUGCAAUAUCAGUGCAAACUAAGUAUAUGAACAUGUGUAGUAUUAUAUACAGUAUUAUUUUGCCAAGACAUAAACUUUACUUUUCUCUAAUUUAUAAAUAAGAUCUUGUAUUAAUGGUUGUAGCAUAAGGUGGAUAGAUUCCUCAUUCAUAACAAAUAAAAUAUAAGCAUAAUAGUCACCGGCUUUGUUUUGUAUAGAAGAUAUUUUAUUGUAUUUUUGGAGCU